GUGAGGGAGGAGGUUUGUAACAGGUCUGCCGUGGUGUCUGCAGCACCUUUAGCAUACUAAUCUUCACCACAGAUAAGAGUAAAAACAAACCCAACCCAAACUAAACCCGUUUAGCGUGAGAAAGUACUAGCCCCUUUGCAAGCUGUUUUUAUUGCCUGCCUGCCGGGGUCGGCUGUUACUUGUCUCUGCCCCAGCACGGGAAAAAGUGGUUCUGGGCAGGCCGCGCUCUCGAAGAAGGAGUCUGGACUCUUGCUUUUCGGUCUUCAGUUGAGUUUAUUGUUUCUUAUCUACAAAGUUUUUCUGUCUGUCCAGCCGAGGUCUGAUCAGCAAGACAGCCAAGGGCACUCUCCCCCACCCACGGGGCGGUUGUCUCUUUUAUAGUGAAAACUACGUAUUAGAUAUUUACCUUUAAUUUCCAAUACUUUCUGCCCUUGUUGGCAAGUGCACUUUCUCUAUGGACCAAUCCACACAUGCCAACAUCAUCCUGGACAUGGAUGCCAAGGAGAAGAAAGAAGAAGGACAGGGCACGCCCAAAUUCCUCCAUCUUAGAACCCUUGACCCCUAUGUACAGAAUUUCAAACCCCCCUGUACAACAUACAAAACCCCCCUGUACAGUGCUCUAAAUUUUUUUCCUUCACCCUGUGAUUGCUACUACUAUGCUACUUAAACUUUUGUGGCCUGUAAUUCUUUGUAUAAGGUUGGCAAUUUGCUCUAUGAAUUAAGAUUGAAUUUUCAGAUGUCUUUGGCUUCCUGCCAGGGUCUCCGAGCCCCUGCCAGGGCUUUGAGACAUCCAGGGCAUCCAGAGAGAUGCUCUGGGUUCCAACACCUGCCCUGAAAUGCGCAUGAUUUGUCUCUUUCCCUGACCAUCAGAUGCAAUGAAUCUGGUAAACAAAUGGAUCCACGAGGAUGCUCUGAGGCUGUAGCAUCCCUCCCAUAGAGAUGGGCUGAGAGAGUUGUGGUUGUUCAGCCUGGAGAUGAGAAGUUCUGUGGAGCCUUUAGAGCCCCUUCCAGCGCCUCAAGGGACUCAGAGCUGGAGAUGGACUUUGGACAAGGGGAAUGGCUUCAAACUCACAGAGGGCAGGGUUAGAUUGGGUGUUUGGAAGAAAUUCUUCUGUGGGAGAGUGGUGAGGCCCUUCCAUAGGCUGUCCAGAGAAGCUGUGGCUGCCCCAUCCCUGGAAAUGCUCAAGGCCGGGUUGGACAGGGCUUGGAGCAGCCUGAAGGUGUCCCUGCUCAUGGCAGAGGGGUUGAAUGAGAUGGUCUUCAUGGUUCCUUACCACCAAAAUGCUUCUGUGAUUUAGGCAGUUGGGGCUUGCAGGUGUUUUGAGGGAUGUUUUCUCCUUUUUGUUGCUGAGUAUCAGGUACCUGGUUGAACAGCUGCACCAAAGGGGUAGUGUAGAGUAAAGCAAGGAAAAGGUUUACUGGCAUUUAGGGAUGGGAAAACAGGGCUGGAGGGAAGAGGGAGAACAGAAAAGAGAUAAUCAGCAUCAGCUGAAGGACGGUAUCUGGAGGGUGUCUGCAUUUACCAGCCCUGCUGCCAGCCUGGAGGUGGGUGUUAUUGUUUUAUUUUUAGCUGUAAUAUGGACAGCCAGAUACCCAUUAAAAUCCCAUUACAGUGAGCACACAACUGGGAUCUCAACAGUGAAGUAAUGACUGAGCAACUCUGAUGUAUGUAAGAGUUGUUAUUUGUAUUGCUUAUUUUCAUCCUUGUUUGACAAACACCACGCAAGACAUCUCUGAUACUCAUAAAUACAUCAGAAACUAAAUGUUUAUAUCAGUUGGGUGAUAGCAUCAGGUGAUUUGUGCUAACUCUAUCCUGUUCCAUGGUGGUUCAAGUACAUGAGAGCCUCUGCUCACCAGUUUACUUCAGGAUAUUAAAAUGCUUUUAGACUUUUCUUUUACAGAAGUUGGAAUUUAAUAAAAAUAAAUGUUUGAUUAUAUUACUAAAUAGUAAGGAAAAAAAAAACCCCUUCCUUUUAGCAGAUAUUUGGAUUAAAGGUCCCAUUCUCCUUUUCCUGCCUCCUUCUGUGCUCAGGCCAUUAAUUCAGUGACUUCUCAGCAGAAGUGCUGCUCUGUCUAUGGCAAAGUUUAGCAAAUAAUGACCAAGGGGUACCAACACUCAGGGUGAACCACAGCCAGGGUUUGGCCACCUGUUCCACACAGAUCCUGCACGCUGCAGGCAAAUUACACUGAUGAAUUCUUCCCCAAAAGUGCUUGUUUGAAAAAGCCUUGGAGACAGGGAUCCCCAGCGAUCUCCUGUGCAGAAACAGUUGAAGUGCAGCCACAGCUGAGGGCAGAAGGAGCCUGUUCUGAAUGCUAAUGUGAGCAGUGAAAGAAAGGCAGCUCCAAGUAUCAGUAACUGAGUACUUUCCGGGCAGGUGUGGGCAUUGCUUGACAGCUUUUUUGCCUCUGUUCCCCAUGAAUGAAAUAGAGGAUUAUCCAUUCUUUGAAAACCUUGUUAGUUAAGUGUUGGGAGGCUUCCAGCAGGUAAUAAUGAAAAAUGCAAUCCAAAAGAACACCAACAAAUACUAAUGAAACAAAAAAGCCCCAAGGCUUACCCGAGUGCUCUAGUUUCACUACAACAGGCAUUGGGAGACUCGUGCUGCUUGGUAAAGCACAAGACUGGUAUUGGUGAAUUUUGGAGAAUUUGGGGGUAUGAAUUAUAGAAUCCUAGAGUGUUUUGGGUUGAAUGGAACCUUAAAGAUCACCUCGUUCCAUCCCCUCUGCCAUGGACAGGGACAUUUUCCACUAGACCUCCCUAUGAAUAUGAAGAAGUAUUUGAGUUCACUUAGCUAAAAAUCAAAACUAGUAAUUCCUGUUAUCAGCUCAUUGAUGCUGUAAUUUGGUUGAGUUUCUGCACUGUAAGGAACAUGUGGGCACAUGUCCUUUGCACUGAGCUGAUGGAUUCUUCAUAAGUGCUGCUUUAAGUUACUGGAUUAAAAAAAAAAAUGCAGCUAGAGGAAGAGGGGGAAAUAUCUUAAUUAAAGAAAAAAUGGUAAGUAGGUUUUUUUUUCCCCUUCCUUUUUAUAAAUAUGGUUUGAAACCAGAAUGAACAACUAUGGUAAGUUUAAAUUUCUGCUGAUAAAAUACUAAUGCAGCCCAUUUUACUCUAGCAGUGUCCACAGCUACUUACUAUGCAUUUUUGGUUUCACAGACUGUAUUUUUUCUGCUCAGCUGUGUGGGCAAUGAGUCACAUCAUUUAGGGUGGCAUUGCAUUGGAGUGGCAUAGUGCUCAGCUUUUAACUUCUUUACAGGGAGUAAAUUUUCCAUAGUCCUUUAAAUGCUUUUUAAUUUAAAGAUUAUACUCACUCUUUCCUGCUUAAAUAUCUUUCCUUAAUAAGACUUAAUGAUUCUUUCCAACUGGAUUCCUAAAUUAACAUCUGCAUUAUCAUGUAUCUAUUCCUAAACUUUACUGUGUCUCCUUUUCUCACUUCAAUACUCAGAUGUCAAACCAAGGCAGUCACAAGCUGAUCAUUUAGCCUGUGCCUUAGUGUUCCUGAGAGGGAGCAUAUCUGCCAUGUGUGACAGCUUGUUCUCAGCCAUCCCCAUCACUAAAUCUAAUAGUGGGAAAGAAAAUUCGUCUUGUUUGGUGGUUCUGAGGUCCUCUUCAUGGCACUGUGCUGAAGCAUGGAGGAUAACCCAGCCACCUGUCCUUAGAGGAUGGGAGAAAAGAAGGUCAGUGAGGAUCUGUGCUGUCCCCAUGGGUCCUGGCAAAGCAGUUCUGUCCCUGUGCUGCCAGCCCUGCUGCACCCAGGUAGCUGAGGCAUCUUGGCUGCUGUCACAAUGGGAAUAUCCCCAAAAGGUGUUUCUGAGCCCAGUGUGGGGCCCCAGGCUGGCACAAGGUCGAAACACAGUGGCCCAAGGGAGAUUGCACGGACAGUGUGAGCAUUUUAAAUCCUCAGUCAUAGAAUCACAGAAUGGUUUGGGUUGUGUGGAACCUUAAAGACUGUCUUGUUCCAACCCUGCCAUGGGCAGGGACACCUUCCACUAGACCAGGUUGCUCAGAGACCCCAACCUAGCCUUGAACACUUACAGGGAUGGGGCAGCCAGUUUCUCUGUGUAAUCUCUUCUGGGCCUUCCCACCCUCACAGGGAAGAAUUUCUUCCAAAUACCCAGUCUAACCCUGCCCUCUUGUCAGUGUGAAGCCGUUCCUCUUGUUCUGUCACUCUAUGCCCUUGUCCAAAAUCCCUCUCCAGCUCUGAUACAAUGCAGGUGUAACCUGGACGAGUCUGCUUGGAAAACAGCAAAGCUAUGACAAAGGUGCCAUGGGACGUUCACUUGGGAGCUGCAGGUAAGCUCAGGCUCUUGCCCCCAGGCCCUGCAUCCUUUCACAAUGGGGUGUCACUACUCAUAGAAUCAUAUUGUGGAAUCACAGAAUGGUUUCUGUUGGAAGAGACCUUACACAUUACGUUGUUCCAACCCUCCUGCCAUGGGUUGCCAACCCCCACCAGAUCACUAAUCCUCUUCAGCCCAAAAGAAAACUAAUCAGGGAGGGUGGGUACUGCCCAGCUUCAGUUACAGUGCUGGGUUGGCCUCACCCCACCUCUCCCGUGGGCCGCUCACUUAUCACCAUCUAUUGAUUCUUUAGCAAAUGACUAAUAGGUGAUGACAGACCUGAAUGCAUUGCGGAGCAAUGGACAAAAAAAAAAAGAAAAAAAAUCGGCUUGAUAAAUAGCAGCGAGUUUGUUUCUUAUUUAUAGUAGAUUAAAUGUACUAAAACUAAUUGUGCCACACCCCUGUUCCCCUGGCAGACAGAGAAAAGCAUGUUUCUCCAUGUUUCUGUCAGAAGCAUUGUCAUUGUGCAAUCACCUCCUUGACUGAGGGCACGCUUGAGUCUCCAGCAACUGAGAGUGGAAGAGGUGUGACUGCCUCUUGGAAAACUGGCUCCAUGUCUUCCCAGUGUGGUGAUGUGAAAAUAAUCCAUGGGUAAAAUGUGCAGCAGCCUGGGGGUCAUGGGAGAAGAGCUACAGUGCCCCUGAGCUUGGUGUUUGUGAGGCUGCACCUUGAAUCCUCUGUUCAGUUUAGGGCCACUCACAGCAAGAAAGAUUAACGUGCUGGAGUUUGUCCAGAGAGGAUCAACAGAGCUGGGGAAGGUCUGAAGCACAAGUCUGAUGAAACAGCACAAGUUACAGGAUGAAACAGCCUCAGGUUGUGCCAAGGGAUGUUUCAAUUGGAUAUUAGGAAAAAUUUAUUCACAGAAAGGACUUUCAAGCACUGGUACACAGACUGCCCAGGAACGUGGUGGUGUCACCAUCCCAGUAGUGUUUAAAAAAAUGCAUGGUUGUGGCACUUGGGGACAUGGUUUAGUGGUGGAAUUGGCAUUGUUAGUCUAAUUGUUGAAAUCAAUGAUCUUAGAGGCCUUUUCCAACCUAAAUGAUUUCAUAAUUCUGAGGACUUUAAUGCUCAGCUUAAGAUUUAGGCCAUGCAAGAACAUUUCAGAGCAAAGGAAACAUCUGAAUUCCUUCUUAGGAGCUGGACCAAGAUCCUUUCCAGAGGCAUGGGGACAGCAGCAGCCCUUGUGAUGAGACUGGGCUGCAAGGCAGUGAGGUUGGUUUCUUUCUCCUCUGCCUCUUUGUGCCAGGCUGGGCUUAGACUCCUGGUGAAGCAGUGCUUGUUUAAACUCUAAUAAUCAAUAAUGCAGUGUGUGGCCCCAGAGCAAAGUCAACAUGACAAAAUUACAGCUCCAAAACAGUGGAAGGCUACACAAAUGAGGUGACACGGCAAAAAGAGUUUCAAACUGGCUGUGGGUGAUGGCCUUAUCCUCCACGUAGAGGAAGAAAACCAUGGAAGUCUAUUUGGAGGAUUUGAGCUCUGGUGCGUCUGUUGGCAAGUAUAGUUGAGGUCUGUAGUCCUUGAAAAAGAAAUACUGAAAUGAUCUAUGGAGCCUGAAUUCCAGGCCAGCCAUGUGGGAGAUCCUCAGUGAGAAAUCAGUCUGACACUGAAAGGCCCAAAGUUUUAUACUGCUGGUAAGUGGUAGGAAUUCACAAGGGAAAAGAAGUGUCUCAACCCAAUAUGAAAAAUUCAAAAAGUAGACAGAAGUCCAAUUAACCAAGGAAACAAAGUAGAAAAAAAAUUGCAUGGAACUUAAGAAGAGGCUCAGACUUGGCAGAGAGAAGAUGUGGGAUCGGCUCACCAUAGAAGCUGCCAGUGUGCACCUUCCCAAAUGGGUUUGGGGAGGGUGCCCUGUGCAGGUGGCCCCAGGUCAGAGCAGGAAAGGACCCGCUUAUCUCCCAGUGUCUGCCAGCUGAGCCCCAGAACACAGGCUGGAGUGGGCAGGAGGACAUCAGCUGCUGCCAGAGCAUGAAGACACACUUGUCAUUGCCACUGGGAGGUAGCUGUUCUGCUUAACGCUGCUGCCAAGAUAUCCUGGGGCAGAAGGUGACAUGAGCAGUGUUGUCUCCAUUGCUGCCCAGCAGCCUAUGCAAUGACUCUGGGACUCAAUGUAGGAGGACAAGGGGUUGGCAAGAGGUUUCUGGGGGUGGGUCUUCACCUACAGUGGGGCAGGAGUGCAUGGUGUACUUACACACCUGAUCCAGCCUUGCAAACCUGUAAUGCAUCACGUGAGGUACUGGACAGCACUGGGCUUCACUGGCAGUACCACAGAACAGUCAGUACCUCAUGGCAAUAGGUGAGGUGGAGAAUAGGCUUUGAGCAGGACAUUUUCUUUGCAGGUAAAUGUCCCAGGUGCCUGAGUCCUCUGUGGCUCUGAACAAAGGGCCAGCUCAACUUAGGACAGCAUCCCAAAGGAUGGGGGGGAUGACCUGCAUCAUGGUGCUGUGCCAGCCAUGCUGGUUCCCACCCUUCUGUCAGGAGACCACGCUGGGUUUGGUCUCCCAUUCCACAGGUCUUUGGCUACACAAUGAGGAGAGGUUAUUGCCUUGGAAGAGGCAGGAGCGAGGCAGAGAACAUUUGCUCAGGGUCACCUGAGGCUCAGCUUGGUAUAAUGUGCAAAGACCAUCAAGCCCACAGGAUUCUUGUGUCAAGCCCACCUGAGCCGUGGAGCUUCCCACAUCAACCCACAUGCUGCUCCCUCCGUCUUCACCCACAAGACCCCCACCUGGCUUAUGGCAUCAGGUUACCCAAGGAAUGCAUACUUUUCCUGGAAAAACCAAGUGGUUUUUGCUGUUAGGUAGCUGGGAUUGGUCCCCAGCCAGAACGUAUGUCCUGGAGCUCAAAGAGCUGGAGCAGUUGCUCCUCCCAGAGAGAAGCCACAUUAGUGCAAGCUGUGAGUGAGUGGGGUGGGACACGCUACAAGGAAAUAUUGGAGAGCAGAGCAAACAGUGAGAGCUGGAGCAGAGGAGGACAAGCAGCAUGGCAGGGCUCCACGUCCGCUCCGUGCUGGUGACUGGGGCCAACCGAGGCAUCGGCCUGGGGCUCGUCCAGCAUUUCCUGAGGAUGCCAAACCCACCUCAGUGGAUCUUUGCAGGCUGUCGGGACCCCAAGGGACAGCGAGCACAGGAGCUACAGAAUUUGGCCUCCAAACAUCCCAGGCUGGUCAUUAUCGCUCUCGAAGUCACCGACCCCGCCAGCAUCAAGGCAGCUGCAGCCAAGGUUGGGGAGCACCUGGGGGGCUCUGGACUCAACCUCCUCAUCAACAACGCUGGAAUGGUCAAGCCUAAGAUGCUUGAAGCUGAAACAUCGGAGGAUAUGACUGAGACUUACACCACCAACACAGUUGGCCCCCUGCUGAUGGGCCAGGCAUUUCUGCCCUUGCUGAAGAAGGCUGCCCAGGGGAGCCCAGGCUCAGGGCUGAGCUGCAGCAAGGCUGCCAUCGUCAACAUGUCCAGCAUUGCAGGCUCCAUUGCUUCCUCCUUUGGUUGGGAGAUGAUGCAAGACACCUCGUACCGCUGCAGCAAGGCUGCUCUGAACAUGCUGAGCAAGUGCCAGUCCCUGGCCUACAAGGAGCACGGCAUCCUCUGCGUCGCUCUCCACCCUGGCUGGGUGCAAACUGACAUGGGCAGCUUUGAUGGACACACGCCCCCUGUGACCGUGGAUGACAGCGUGCAAGGGAUGCUGAAGGUCCUCUCCUCCCUCUCUGAGAAGGACACCGGUGCCUUCCUGGACUGGGAAGGGAAGGUUGUGCCCUGGUGAGACACCACUUCAGGAUCCUGGCACCAAGAGGUCCCUUUGGCACUGCUCCCACCUCCCCCACAUCCUCAAUAAACUCCUGCUGAGACCCCCA